GACGACUGCUCAGUCUGCUAUCGCUGCCGGUCAUCGCUGCCCCUGCCGGCUGGUCUCCGGCGCCUCUGCGCUCUACGUCGGACCUCCGCCUCUCGACUUAUCUGUAUACCCUGUUCUUGGUAAACUUUGUCGAUAUCUAUACACCCUCAACAUCAAGCGUCUGCUUCUCAGGAAAAAUGGCGAGCUCUCUCCAUCGUCUAGGAAGUCAUUCGAGUAACGCAGAUCGAUUUGUGUUUCGUCAACUUAUCAGUCGAUUUUCUACAAAUGCUUUGUCUGACGAGUAUAAAGCAGGAGAGAAACGCACUGUUUGCAGCAUUCCGGAUGAAAAUAUUCGAUGGAGGGCUGGUCGAACAGCUUCACGUAGCCUUUGCACAGCCACUGGAACUCAAACACAGAAGCUCGAAAGAAUCGCCGACGAGAUCCUCAGCCUUACAAAACUCGAGAGGAAUGAUUACGCAGUCCUCCUACGCUACAAGAUGGGUUUCAACAACUACGGCCCUGCGGUGACCGGCAUUGGUUCAGCAUCAUCCGGCCCUGCUGCUGCUGGACCAGGAUCGGAUGCCAAGGCUGACGAGAAAGUUGUUUUUGACGUAAAGCUAGAGAAAUAUGAUGCAGCUUCGAAGAUCAAAAUCAUUAAGGAAGUUAGGGCUUUUACGGAUCUAGGAUUAAAAGAAGCUAAAGAUUUGGUGGAAAAAGUACCGGUGGUAGUGAAGAAAGGGAUUACUAAGGAGGAUGCUGAAUCAAUAAUGGCGAAACUCAAGGAUUUAGGUGCGACCGUUGUAUUAGAAUGAAUUUGAUCGCUUUUUUUACUGCUUCGUUAUCGGUUUGAAUAACUUCCGAGGCAUCUUUCGAUGAAUUGCAAACGAGAUUCUGUUUGAAUACGAUGUUUUCCGUUCGAUUGCCAAUCGUCAACCAGUGUUCAACCACCAGAGACUGGCUUCUGAUUUUAGAACAAGUGCUGCAAUUAGAAUGGUAUUUUUGUUGAACCGUAAAGAAAAUGGUCGGCAAAAUUUGCAUUUGGAAGGUGCUAAAUUGACCCCAAAAUCUACAUGUAGUUUUGACUCUGAUGUAUGAUGGUUUCUGUUUUGGA